AGGUCUCUUCACGUUCAACUGAUGAAAUGACGAAAGAAACAACUGAAACUACAUCAAAUAUGACAUCUCAACCAUCUUCUAUGACAUCAUCAACUUCCUCUGUGACAUCAUCACCACCCUCUAUGACAUCAUCAUCCAAUGAUAACAUGAGCAUCAAGGAUUACCAAAAUAUGUUGUUAAUGAAACAUGGAGCAGCCUCUAGAAACAAGAGCGAUGAUCUUCUUGCUUCAUUAAGGAGUAAAAGCGCAUCCCCUUGUGUUUCCCCUUCACCUGUAAGGGUAAAACCCCUAACUCACGCAACACCUGAGAAAUUAACACAACAUAAUUUUAUUCCUACAAAAGAAAAACAACAAGAACAGCCCACACAACAAGAACUAACGCUACAAACAACAACAACAACAACAGAACCAGGGGUUCAUGAUGUUGGAAGUUUGGAUAAAAUAGCAGAAGAUAUUGCUAGAAGAGAAGCAGAGUUACGUAAACACCAAACAAGAUUAGACGAAUGUAAAUCAAGGUUAUUGAAACAGCAAGCUGACCACACACGGUUGCUGUCAUCACUUGAUACAAGCGUGGAUACAUCGGCUGAUAUUGGUAAGAAAUUAGAAAUAUAAUUUAUCAAAUUAAUAGCAAAGCUUUGGCAACCCAAUUUGUGAAGCUACAUUUCACACAACUCUUUGUGAUCAUAAAAUAAAAUAUUUUAAUGGAAUUUCUUGACAUUUUGGUUGGGUAGAUUAAUAAAGUGCUAUGUAAUUUUAAUGCUACAAUUUUUGAUGAAUUUAGCUGCAUUUACUGAAGUAUUACCCACAAGUUAUUUGCAAAGUUUUUGCAACCCAACUUGGAGGCUACAUUUUACGCAACUUUUUGUACGCAUAAAAUAAACAAAUUUAACUUAUACAAUGUGAAAGUUUAGGGUAUACCACAAGUUUUUUUUAUAAAAUUUGUCUACAGCCUAAGUGAGAAGCCUGUUAUUAGGGAUUGUGAUAAAAAAUCCAGAAAUAUCAUGACAUUGCAAAGUUAACAACCAUUUAACACACUUGCUUUUACUUUACAGCAAUGCAGAAAUAAAAUGAUAAAUUAAGCC